UGAAGGAGGGUCUCAGACUGGCACCAUGACAGAGUGCUUUGACUGUGACAACUGCAAGGAGUCCUUGUAUGGGCGCAAGUACAUCCAAAUGGACAAUGGCCCAUACUGCAUCCCCUGCUAUGAUGCCCACUUUGCCAACACCUGCGAUGAAUGCAAAGAGCUGAUUGGCCAUGACUGCAGAGAGCUGUACUACGAGGAUCGCCAUUACCACGAGCACUGCUUCCGCUGCUUCCGCUGUGACCGCUCUCUGGCCGACGAGCCGUUCACCUGCCAAGGCGAGGAGCUGCUCUGCAAUGACUGCUACUGCAGCGAGUUUUCCUCCAAGUGCAUUGCCUGUGAGAAGACAGUCAUGCCAGGGUCCCGUAAACUGGAGUACAAUGGGCAGACCUGGCAUGAGCAUUGCUUCAUAUGCAGCAGCUGCCAACAGCCCAUUGGGUCACGAUCCUUCAUCCCAGACCAGAAGGAUUAUUACUGUGUCCCCUGUUAUGAGAGCAAGUUCGCUCCUCGAUGCACACGUUGCAAAAAGACCCUGACCAAGGGAGGUGUAACUUACCGGGAUGAGCCGUGGCACAAGGAGUGUUUCGUCUGCACAGGCUGCAAGACCCCCCUGGCUGGCCAGCAGUUCACCUCCCAGGAUGACAACCCAUACUGCAUCAAGUGCUUUGGGAACCUCUAUGCCAAGAAGUGCAGUGCCUGUACAAAGCCCAUCACAGGCUUUGGUGGUGGUAAAUAUGUCUCCUUUGAGGACCGUCACUGGCACCAUAAUUGCUUUAACUGCGCCCGCUGCAACACCUCGCUGGUCGGGAAAGGCUUCAUCCCUGACAACGAUGAGAUCCUGUGCCGUGACUGCAGCAGUGACCUAUGAGCCUCUGAGGGCACCGUGGGGCAGAGGCUUCCUCUAUACUUCAGCGUCUUUGUGCCAGAUACCCCGACAACAUUUCAGGGGCAGGGCACAAGGCACAGGAGAUGGGGGCUGACACUGAACCACGGUGUGUUCAGGGGGUUCCUGUGCCUCGCCCUGAAGGCUAGAGUAUGCUAUGCUAUGGCUCUGUGCAGAGUCAAAGCUAAAUAAAGUUGAAAAAGGAGCUUCAAGAUCCCCCAUUAUUUACUCUUUCCUUUUGCUUCCUAUCUGACCAGGCACAAGCUGAGCCCAGGGCCCCAGCUGAGUAAAGGACAGCAGCAGUUUCAAUGUUGGGCUGCUGGAUCUGCACACCGGCAGCAUGUAUUUGCUCCCUGGCAGAGUGCUGACUUUUCUCUUUUCCCCCUAUGCUUCCCUUGCUCUCUGUGAUAUGAAGCAGCAGCUCC